UCUAUAAAAAUGAGCACAAGGCUCCUGUGAAUUCCCCCCUUUUCUCUCGAUCUUCUUCCUUAUCGAUCUCCUGGUUGUUUGCUUGUAUAUUCGGUCUCUUAUUUUUACGUGUGCGCGCUCUAAUGGGUUUCUUUGUGGAGGAGUCCGCGGGUUUGCCGGCCGUAACUCAUCUACUAUACAAGGCAGCUCUUAUAAUUGCAGCGGUGAGAUGGGUCUUGUGUUGGACUCUCAGACCCAGAGAUAGGAGCCUCUCCUCAGCCUCUGAUGAGGCAGACUUUCCUCCUUCUACAGUUGCUUCUUCCCAGAUGAUAAGAGACAAUCUAAUACUGACUACCUUCAGAGAUGUCAUAGAAAGACUGCCGGAGAAUAGGAGUUUGAACACGUGUGCCGUAUGCUUGAACCAAUUAAGCAUGCAAGACGAGGUAAGGGAGCUCAGGAACUGUUGCCACGUCUACCACAGGGAAUGCAUUGACAGAUGGGUGGAUCGUGAUCAUGAUAAUCACAUGAACUGCCCGCUCUGCAGGGCUCCUUUACUGACUUCCUCACAAUUCCAGGUCUUGAGUUGCGGGUCCAGGGACCAGCCCAGCUGGGCCGUAGAGCGGCUUCUCUACCUUUUUGGGGACGAUCUGCUCUUUUAAGCUCAUGUGAUGGAUAGUUGGAUACCAUCAAGAUUAUUCCGACUCCGAAUCUCUGCAGCAUUCGUAGUCGUCGGCAGUUUUGAAUGGACUAGCUGGCCAAUACCAUAAAGUGGCAAGGCGAAUGGGUUAUUUCAACUUGAUGAGAGGAAAAGCCAAUCGGGGAAGGCUUUCUACUGUGGUUCAGCGCUGCUUGGGAUUUCUUUUUUCCUUCUUUUUUUGAAGAUAUGGGAUUUAUGUAUAUACAUCUUCUUUUGCAGUCAAUACCUACUUUAUUCUCUCA